AUGUCGUUCAAAGGGCCGCGCAAGGGGUUCCUGGAGGUGUUUAAGUUCGCGUGCUACGUGGGGAUCCCCAUCGCCAUGAUGGUCACAUUCGCCAACAACCAGGACAACCUCGAGGCUAUCAUCCGCAAUGGCCCUCGCCCGCCCACUGCAGAGGAGGUGAGGGGGCUGGCGCAGAGGCGACAGCAGGGGGAGGGGAAUCAGGCUGGCGGGCAGUGA